UAUAAUCGCUCUCUGGAGCCCCAAAAAGGCUGAACUUGCAUUUCGAGAAUGUGGCCCAUGAAUUUUAAGACCGUGGAAGUGGUGUCAGGCUAUGGCAUAUAGUUAAUCUCAAAACCCUAGUGUUGUCCAAUCUCUGGUAAACAUGUAUGUGUGGAUCACUCUUCUCGCGGGCUUGGCUCUUCUCCUCGCGCUGCUGAAAACGUUCUCCACAUACUUUUUCCAGGACUGCGUGUAUAUGUACAGGGCUCUUGGAUUUGGGAUCCGAUUAAAUGUAUACAAAAGGAAAACUCCAUUCUAUAGUAUUGUGGACUGCUUUUUGGAGGCGGUGAAGAAACACCCGCGAAAAGCGUUUAUUCAUUUCGAGGGGAAGACUUACUCUUAUGAGGAGGUGGAUAAGGAGAGUAACAAAGUAGCGAAUGCGCUGCGCUCGGAGGCUGGGCUCAGAGAAGGGGACUCGGUCGCGCUGUUCCUGGGGAACGAGCCCCGUUUCGUGUGGACCUGGCUCGGCCUGGCUAAGCUCGGCUGUCCCGCAGCACUCCUGAACUUCAACAUCAGAUCCAAAUCACUCCUUCACUGCUUCUCCUGCUGCGGCGCGAAAGUGCUCAUAGCAGCUGCUGAGCUUCGUGAUGCUGUUGAGGAGAUAUUGCCGACACUGAAAGAAAAGGGGAUAACUGUAUACCUCCUGUCGGAUGAGCGCACUACAGACGGCAUUCAGUGUAUCGGUCAAGCCAUCGCCAAAGCUUCAGAUACGCCUCUGUCCCCGUCUCUCAGGUCCAACAUCCAUAUCAGGACUACAGCACUGUAUAUCUACACUUCCGGCACUACAGGUCUUCCUAAAGCAGCAUAUGUGACCCAUGAGAGGGUCUGGGCUUCAUCGUUCAUCCAGGGUGUUUGUGGAGUGACGUCUGAAGACAUAUUCUACAUCAAUCUGCCUCUGUAUCACAGCGCUGGAUUCCUCAUCGGACUUGUCGGAUCCAUUGAAAGAGGUAACACUGUGGUUCUGCGGAGGAAGUUUUCCGCCUCUCAGUUCUGGGACGACUGCAGAAAGUACAACAUAACUGUGAUGCAGUACAUUGGUGAAACACUGCGCUACCUCUGCAAUAUGCCAAAGGUAAAAGCACAUAUGGUUUAUAAGUAUGGAGAUAUUUGUCUUUAUAAUUUAUUUUUAAGGGCUUCUCUUUGGGACAGUGCAACGACAAAAACACAAACUAGGAGACUCAGCGAUGUGUUUGUGAAAGGAGACCUGUAUUUCAACAGUGGAGAUCUGCUGAGGAUCGACAAAGACAAAUUUGUCUACUUUCAUGAUCGAGUUGGAGACACGUUCAGGUGGAAAGGAGAGAAUGUGGCUACAACUGAGGUAGCAGAUAUUCUCACGAUGGUGGACUGCAUCGAGGAGGCCAAUGUGUAUGGAGUCAAAGUUGAAGGUCAUGAAGGAAGGAUUGGAAUGGCAGCCGUAAAGCUGAAAGAGGGCAGAGGGUUUGACUGCAUCAACACUUGCAGUGUUUUGGCGAACUAUCUUCCAGUGUACGCCAGACCUCGAUUCAUCCGAAUUCAGAAUUCCUUGGAAGUCACAGGAACUUUCAAGAUGAAGAAAGUGAAGCUGGUGGAGGAGGGCUUUGACCCGACCUUAAUACGAGAUCCUCUCUACUUCCUGGACCUGACGCAAAAGAAAUACAUUCCACUCUCUCAGGAAAUUCACAAGUCGAUCCUGUCGCAGGAAAUUAAACUGUAAAAAUCCAUAGAAUAAGCUAACGGUACAACUUUGAAAUCUACUAACCAGUAGUUACCCACUAAUCUCAGGGAAAACAAGUGAUUACGGUGAAUGAUUUGAACCUUUUGAGCAGUACAAUCAACUGUUUUACAUUAGUACUUUAUGACUUAACCUUUUAAUAAUGUUCAUUUAUAAUCAUCUCAACCUGCAGUUAAAUAGACUCUAAUAGGAUUGUGGUACACUAAAUUUACUUUAUAUAAUAGUAUAUACUACAACUUUAACUCUCAAAGCAGCGAUUCUCAACUGGCUCAUGGUUAGUAGAGAUAAAUGGGAAAUACAAAUAAUUAACUGUUUGUAGCAAACUAGGCACAAAAGGCUUCCCAUACAGCGUAUUUUGCUAAAUUCAAAGGCCGUGUCCAAUCAAACGCUAUGGUAUUUUGCCGCAAAUUUGUCGCUCAAAUUUAAUUUAAAAUGUACAUUUAUUUGAAUGACAUUUUUUUCUUUAGUACAAUAAUUGUGGUUCUGAUUCACCACUUGCCACAAACCAGUUGAGAGUCACUGCUUUAUGAUUCAUCUUGCUGACACAAUGGCUUUUAAGAAAUCCGGUCGCUGGUUUUCUCAAUGCUCUUGUGUCCGCUGGUCAAGAGACUCUAAUCAGCGGCAGUAUGUUUUAAGUAGGUGAAAGGGCAAAAUCCAUGACCCUCCCAUCCCAUCAACCUCUGAGCUCAAAAAAUAAACAUUUCUACAAAGCACAAACCCAACUGAACCGGUUUCAUUCUGUACCCAAUACCGGGGUCAUUGACAUCGUUUCCAUUUCACAAUCGUCAAGAUUAUCCAACACCGUAUCAGUGAAGCACUAAAAACGAUUGUUUUGUUUUUACUUUAAAAAUUAAUUUAUUAAUACAGUUGUAUACUUAGAAAUGUGCUGCAAAGGAAAAAAAGAGAACAUAAAAAGAAUGUCGCCACACAAAGUAAAGAAACUAAACCCGGGAUGAAGCUGCGUCGUCAUAUCAAAAAAAAGUCGUACUGAUGUGCCUUAAUAAACUGUCUAUUAGUACAAAAAUACAUUUCAGGGCACACAAUACAGCAUCCAGUAUCACAAAUAAAGUUGGGGUCCGACCACCAACGCGGACCCUUCUGAAGUACAGAGUCCUUAAAUUAUUCAAACGGAGCACUUUUCUAGUUUGUAAAUAAUAAAAAUGUUUCUGUAACUGUUAAAAAUGCCAUUACGUAGUGUUUUGUAUAUAUGCUGUUGGUAUAAAAGAUAACGUCCUUUUCCGUUGCAUUUAUUAUGCUAUUUUUCAAAUUCGCUUCAGUUUUUUCUCCGUACUGCUAAGGUAAAUUCCAAAGCUCAGAAGUAUAACCGGAAUACAAAUAUAACCAAUGUUAUAGUUUUCCUUUGUUAAGAAAUUUUUUCCAUGUUACGUUUUUAUACAAAAUAACAAAGAUGUACAAAAGGUCAUUUACAGCGAACCAAGGCCAUAUGCUAGCACAAUAUAUACAGCUGUAAUUGAAACACAUCCUAGUGUUCUUGUAUAUUCUUUGACUUCAUAUGCAUAGCAGUGAGAAAGCAGACCUGUUGAUCAGACUUCAUUGUUUGUGUGCUAAAUAUCCCGCUUCAUUACGGUGGGAGAGUUUCGUGUCCUUCCCUCUGUAACAGAAAUUCGACGUCUUUCGGGUCAAAGUAACAAAAACAAAACAAAAAUGCAGAUAAGGCAUCACUGCUUGCAGUGUAUGAUGGGUAGGUUUGUGUACUCAACUUAGUAGCAGGCGUUUGGACCUGAGUCAUAGCACAUGCAUAGAUCUCUAGACAGCAGGAGUUUCGGAAAACCACAGUCAGUGUUUAUCGACAAUAAAACAUCGCUAGAAAAGAUCGCUACAAAAUGAGAGAGAGAGAGGAAAAAGAGCCCAUUUUUUAGUUUUUUCGUUUUUAGCCAGAGAGAGAAGUCCAUGAGCAGAUGAGUGCAAGAGUCACAUUCCUUCAAUAAUCAGUUCUUCACUUCAGAAAGUCUCAAUUGUUCUUCAUUCUUUACAAACCGACAUGCUUUCCAGAUCCGCGAAAAUCCGUUACAGCGUUCCACGAAAAACACACACGACCUCGCAAACAAAAAAGCUCUGCAUACAUGGACUUUUCUGUUUGGGAGCACAUUGGUAGGAUUCACUUGUUUUACGUAAAAUGACUUCAUUUUUUCAUCUAUUGUUUUUCCGGUUCCGUUCAAGACUUCUAAUUAUUUGGAGAAAAAGACGCUACAAAUGUCAAAAAUGGGAUAACUUUUUCCGACUGUCUUGUGGCACAGGUCAUGCAUUCCAUUAGCAGUUCGAUUUCAGUAAUUUAUUUAUUCAGUAAUUUUUUGCAAGUCUUCAAGCACCAAAAGGUAAAGAAAAAGGCAAAACCAAACUCGGGGGG